UAGAUACACAUGGAGGACGCCACCACACUUUAGCAGUGUUAAAAAGCAAGCAUGUAAAACAACCAUAGACCGAAGCAACGGCAGUCAUUCUUUAAUAACAACCCAAACGUUCAACGCAAUGGUUUGGUUAAGCAGAUGUUGCUUCCGGAAGUAUGCAAACUUCGUUGAUCACCUCCGGGUUUAUGUGAAAGGAGGAGCAGGGGGAAUGGGGUUGCCUCGGCUGGGAGGUCAGGGGGGAGAUGGGGGAGAUGUGUAUGUGGUCGCCGCCAAAGACGUUACCCUCAAGAGAAUCAAAGAUCGCCACCCAGAGAAGCGCUUUACGGCAGGAGUUGGAGACAACAGCACUGUCCGGGCGCUGAAAGGAAAGAAAGGAUCUGACUGUGAGAUCCUUGCUCCUCCAGGAAUCACAGUCACUGCUGACAAUGGCAAAGUCUUAGGCACGCUGAAUGCAGUGGGGGAGAAGGUCCGUUUGGCCAAAGGGGGCCAGGGCGGAGCCUUCCAUUCGGACUUCCUCCCCAGCAAGGGCCAGGUGCGCCACAUCAGGCUAGACCUCAAGCUCAUCGCCGACCUUGGCCUCGUGGGGUUCCCCAAUGCAGGAAAGUCAACUCUGCUGUCAGCCAUUUCACAUGCAAGGCCAGAGAUUGCCAGCUAUCCCUUCACCACAUUAAAACCAGAGAUUGGCAAAGUGAUGUACGACGAUCAUAAACAGGUGUCAGUGGCAGAUCUUCCAGGGCUGAUUGAAGGGGCUCACAUGAACAGGGGCAUGGGCCACAAGUUCCUCAAACACGUGGAGAGAACCAAACAGCUGCUGUUCGUGGUUGAUGUGUGUGGUUUCCAGCUGGCCAGUGGCACCCCCUUCCGGUCAGCCUUUCAGGCGGUGCAGCUCCUGACCAAGGAGCUGGAGCUGUACAGUGAGGAGCUGCUCAGUAAGCCGGCCAUCCUGGUGGUCAAUAAGAUGGACUUGCCUGAGGCGGGAGAGAAGCUCGAUGAACUCCUGCAUCAACUGGAAAAUCAAGAGGACUUCUGUCACCUUCUCCCCGAGGACAUGGUCCCCAGUCAUUUCCUGUCCUUCCUCCACACGGUCCCCGUCUCGGCCUCCGAGGGUUCGGGCAUCCCCCUCCUCCAGCAGCUCCUCCGCCAGUCCCUGGAGGAGCAGGACGCCGAGGCCAGUGAGAGCCAGCGCCUCCAAAAGCUCCAGGAGCUGAGGAAGGUGGUGCGGCCGGCGCCCGGCUCUGUCAGCCCCAAGUGGGGCCUCUCUUACCAGGCCUGAAUCAGCAAGUCAGCCAGUCAUUCUUCGUGUAUAUUUCCCCUCUCUCUCUCCCUCCCUCUGUUUCUGUCUCUCUCUCUCUCUUCUCCCUCCCCUUAGCGGAGGUGAAGCGAGUUCGGGACACCCUCGGAAUGGCCACGCAGUGUCUUCAAGUGUAGGCGUCACCUCAGACGCUCUCCAGCCUCUGCUACCGGCCCCCACCACUCCCCAGUGCACAUCUGUUGUUACCAGGCCUUACUCACUUAGAAGCCCCCCCCCCCCCCCACCUCCAAGCCUCGUGCUUGUCUAAGGACUGUCUGAAAGAUGCCAAUCAGUCAUCGGCUGACAUCAGAGUCACCUCUACCUGCCCGCCCGUUCAGUGCCUCAUCAGUGAGGCCAGGGCCAGUGACGUCAGAGAGGGACGGAGCGGAGCGCCUGAUAGGUGACGGCAAUUCUCCCCGUGGUGGGAAGCUUCUAGAAAGCGCAUUGUUGACCUUCAGAAGCGAAUGUAGGAGAGGAUCAGCUGUGAAGUGUUUUUUUGCAGAUUGAACGAUUGAACUUGUCAAGAUGAAAAAUGUGCUCUGUGUUUAUGAACCGCAAACAUUUAAUUUACGCAUUGUUUUUCUAUUGGUAUGUAUAGAAACGUUGUAUGUCUAAGAGAAGUAAAUUAAAAAUAUAUAUUUUGUGGCA